AUGAGCUCGUCACUUCCCACAGGUUUCAAAGAUCUACCCGUCUCCAAGGGCUUAGCAAUAUCUACAAUCAUCAUACCCUUAGUUGCCUCCCUUUCCAAUAUGAAGUAUCUAUUUUAUUAUGCAUAUGAUCCAUUUUUGAUACAAUACAAGCAAUUCUGGAGAUUAUUCACAUUUCAAAUAGCAUUCUUAAAUGAAUCAGAAGUUUUACUAGGGAUUGUCUUAUUAUAUCAAUUUAGAUCAUUAGAACGAUUAUUUGGUUCACAUAAAUUCAUAUCAAUAAUUAUAGUUCUUUAUGGUUAUAUAAUUUUUAUAACUUCAAUAAUUGCAACUUUAAAUUUUUAUACUGGAUUAAAAUGGAUAAAUUUCAUGAGUUCAGGUCCAACAGGUAUAAUUUUAGGGAUUUUUUUCCAUUUUAAAGAAUUUAUACCAAUAAUGUAUAAAUUUGAAAUUUAUGGAAUCGGUAAUAAUAAAUUAAUCUUGAAUGAUCAUGCUUUUAUACAUUUGAUAAUUUUCCAAUUAAGUAUUUCACAAGGUUGGAAAAGUAUAGGCUCUGGCUUGCUAGGUUGGAUUAUUGGUGGAUUGGUAUGUAGAGGUGUUAUACCAGGUAAACAAUGGAAAUUACCAUUUUGGAAUUCAAUUCAAUUUAAAAGAUCAAAUCCAACUAAUUUAAGAAGUAAUUCACCACCUAUAGAUCCACAAAAUUUGGGUAAUACUGAACAAAAUAAUAGUGAUAAUAAUAAUAUUGAUGAUGAUGAUGCUACAGAAACAAGACCAUUAGCUUCCCAAUUUUUGGAUACAUUUAGAAGGUCAUAA